AAUAGGAGCGUAGUAUACAGACACUUGUGCAGUAUAUAGCUUUGUGAAUUCACUAUUUAGAUUGCUGUGGGUUGUGAGUUCCUUGUUCAUUUGGAAAAUGACUAAAGGUACUUCAAGUUUUGGUAAGCGGAGGAAUAAGACUCACACCUUAUGUAGGAGGUGUGGAAGGUCAUCCUAUCACAUCCAGAAGUCCCGAUGCGCCCAGUGUGGAUAUCCAAGUGCCAAACUUCGACACUAUAACUGGAGUGUGAAGGGCCAGAGAAGGAAGACAACUGGAACUGGUAGGAUGCGUUACCUAAAAGUUGUACGAAGGAGAUUCAGGAAUGGAUUCCGUGAAGGAGGAAGACCUACCCCUAAGAAGAUUUCUUCUUAAAUCUCUUUUUCUGUUAAACUAAAAAAAUAAAACAGCUUUUAUAAUUUUUUUUUCAUUUUUAUUUAUCACCUCUGUGUAAUAAAUUUCUAUAUAAUCAAUAUGUAUAUUCAUAUUGAUGAGAGUGUGUCAAAUAUAAAUGUUGAUUAUUUUGUAUA